AAUAAUGCUACUACUAAUAGUACAACCUGCAUGCUAGAAGAAGAACGCAUCAUCAAAGAAGUAACUUAUGCCAACAGUUCAUACAGUAGCUAGUUAAUACUUAUUUACAAUUUAUAAAUGUUUAUUCGUAGUAGGUAACUAGGUUAACUAGCAGUAGCGUAGUAGCGUAGCAGUAAGCGAAUUUCACAGCGUUAACGUUAGUGGUUAGCUGGUUGAUAACAGUAGAGCUAGGUUAAUUGCUUAGCUAGCUUCUGAUGUACUAGCUAACGAUAUUUAGCACUUAGUUAAAAAGCCUAACUUAGCGUGUUAUGUUAACUUAGUCAGCAAGAGGUAACGAUUCAUAUCGAAAACGUCGAAAUUAUAGAUUAAGCAUGGCGCUCAAAUCAGGAGAGGAGCGCCUGAAAGAGAUGGAGGCUGAGAUGGCUCUUUUUGAGCAGGAGGUUCUUGGUGGUCCAGUACCAGUAUCAGGAAGCCCACCUGUUAUGGAGGCAGUACCUAUAGCUCUUUCUGUCCCAGUGGUUCCAGUAGUGCGACCCAUUAUAGGUACCAACACCUACAGACAGGUACAGCAGACAUUAGAAGCCAGAGCUGCUAGCUUUGUUGGUCCUCCACCACCAGCCUUUGUGGGACCAGUCCCUCCAGUACGUCCUCCCAUGUUGAGACCAGCCUUUGUCCCCCAUAUCCUGCAGAGACCUGGUGGUCAGAGGCUGCAGAUGAUGCGUGGUCCUCCGAUAGCACCUCCUCUUCCCCGGCCGCCUCCACCUCCUCCCAUGAUGCUCCCUCCUUCCCUGCAGGGCCAGACACCUCAGGGUGCGUCUCAGCCCAUCCAGCACAUGGCUGCUGCACCUCAGGUCAGUGAUAUGGUCUCGAUGGUGUCAACCCCGACGACAAGACAGGGAGCCCCACCUCCCGUCAAACCAACACCGUCAAUCAUCCAGGCAGCACCAACCGUGUACUCUGCUCCUCCUGCCCCUGUUGGACAUAAAAGAAAUGAUGUUAGAGCUCAGAGACAAGCCAGAAUGGAGGAACUGGCAGCACGGGUUGCAGAGCAGCAGGCAGCAGUGAUGGCAGCAGGUCUAUUGGACAAGAAGGAGAGUGAAGACAGUACCACUGUCAUUGGACCGAGCAUGCCUGAGCCUGAGCCCCCCCACACUGAGCCUAUUGAAAGUGCUACAGAGGACAAAAAGAAAGCAAAGGUGGAGAAGGUGAAGAAAUGUAUCCGUACUGCAGCAGGGACUAGCUGGGAGGACCCCAGUCUGUUGGAGUGGGAUCCAGAUGAUUUCCGUAUAUUCUGCGGUGAUCUUGGUAAUGAGGUCAAUGAUGACAUACUGGCCAGAGCCUUCAGCAGAUACCCGUCUUUCCUCAAAGCUAAGGUGGUGAGAGACAAACGUACUGGAAAGACCAAAGGCUAUGGCUUCGUCAGCUUCAAGGAUCCAAACGACUACGUCAGAGCCAUGAGAGAGAUGAAUGGGAAGUAUGUUGGCAGCCGUCCCAUCAAACUGAGGAAGAGCAUGUGGAAGGACCGCAACAUCGAAGUGGUUCGCAAGAAACACAAAGAGAAGAAGAAACUGGGCCUCAGAUAGUGUUUAUGCAGGUGGCACUGUGUGUGUUGUGCUCCCCAGUGGACAGACAACAGUAGUGUGUGUGAGAGCAUAACUGCUAUUUUGAUCUGUCCAAUCAGGAGAUACACUGAGAUUGUAUAGGUGUUAACUCUUUUUCUUCCUCAAAUAAAAUCCUAAUUUCUAAGUCAUUGA